AUGGCCGACUGCACUGUUAAUUCGCAGAUCAUCUCUGAUAUCACGAACCGGGAGAAGACGCUCACCAGCCAGGAUGACCCUGUGAAGGGAGGCCCUACCUCCCAAGCCCAACGCCACGUCCACGACAAUAUUUCCAGCGAUUCGGUCGUCAGCGGCAUUGCCAAAGGCGACAACAACGGCCAGAAGCACACCGGGACGCUUGACGGCCAGACCAUCUCAGAGAUCAACAGCGCUGAGAGUAAGCUUACCGGUCAGCGUAAGCAUGCUAAUGAGCCCAUCAAUGCUGACAUGCUGCUUAAUAUCACCGAGGGAGAGAAGAAUGUCGCAGGUGAAAGGAUCAAGGGAGGCUCAACUGCCAUUGCCCAGUCGGAGCUAGCAAAGUCACGUUCGUCUUAG